GCUUCACUACCUCAGAGUCCCACCUCAACCUGCUCAAUAAUGGAUGCCAGAUUUUGACUGGGACCCGACAGCAAUCUGGAUUUGUUAGUGAGCUUGGUGAUACUAUUUUCACUUGGAGCCCUUUUUUGUGAGCUUUUCUGUAUGUCUCUCCUUUCAGGAUCCUCUUGGCCUUCAGUAAAGAAGAUCAAUCUGGGAAAGGGCCCCCCUGUUCCAACACAACACCUAACUGCCCUAUAGGCAGGUCAACAGCAUCGCCUCCUUUAGGGAAACUCUCUUCCUUAGCUAUUGGAAGGAACUCCCUUCCUCCCACAACUCCAGCCCUGUCGCUCCUACUUUUCAGCAGUGUGUGCUGACCAGAGCAGAAAACAGCCCGAAAGCGCCUGAGUCUGAGAACCAAGAGCUGCAGGAGCAAGGGAACAGGAAAAUCCUCAGCAUCGAGGAAGAACUGCAGCAGUAGCAGAGUGGAACUGCACAGGCGUAAGCGGAGGUGAAACCUGAAGCAUUGCUGACACUCCUUCUUUCCAGUGCGACAGCAGUGGAGUUCUCUGCCUGACGCAAACACAAGUCCCAGAGCGGCCAGCCACCCCUCUCUCAGGAGCACUGUGCUGCAGAUGGAGAAACUGAGGCACAGACAGGUUAAGUGACUUGCUCAAGGCCACAGAAAGGAAAAACCAAGUACAGGAUCGAACAGUCUUGAAGACGUGCCACAGGGAGAGGCGCAGAGAUGGCUGAAGGCGAAAUAACAACGUUCACUGCCCUGACCGAAAAAUUCAAUCUUCCACUGGGGAACUACAAGAAGCCCAAACUCCUGUACUGCAGCAACGGAGGCCACUUCUUGAGGAUACUUCCAGAUGGCAAAGUAGAUGGGACAAGGGACCGAAGCGACCAGCACAUUCAGCUGCAGCUAAGUGCGGAAAGCGUGGGUGAGGUAUAUAUAAAGAGCACUGAGUCUGGAAAGUUUUUGGCUAUGGAUCCCAAUGGACUUUUAUAUGGAUCACUGUUACCGAGUGAGGAAUGCUUGUUCUUGGAAAGAAUGGAAGAAAAUCAUUACAACACAUACACGUCUAAGAAGCACGCAGAUAAGAAUUGGUUCGUUGGCUUAAAGAAGAAUGGAAGCUGCAAACUGGGACCGCGGACUCACUAUGGCCAAAAGGCCAUUCUUUUCCUUCCACUGCCAGUGUCAGCUGAUUAAGAGAAGUAUCCAGGGUGCCAUAAAAUGACCCUAAGUCAUAAGCACCAACUACUAUUCCUUCUCUCUCUCUUUCACUGGGCAGUGUGACAAAAAGCUUAAUUUUAGAUCCAGGAAUUUUAAAUCUAAACACUUUAAAAAUAAAAUAGAGCUAUUUAAUUUUGCACUAACCAAGUUUAACGUGGAGGAGAAGAAAAUACCUGUAGAGCAAUGGGCAAGUUGUCUCUCCAAUGCAUUCUUGUUGACGGGUCUCCAUGGUCCGACCUGCGCAAUAGAAAGCAUGUGUGAGGCACAUUUGAGGCAAAAUGUGUGCACUGAAAAAUGCAAAAUGACUCCAUAGAAUAUGCAUAAACUUGUAUUUCAAAGGGAGCACCCAGGAAUGUUACUGCCCUAAACGCAUGGCUUACUAGAACACUAAAUCAAGAAGUUAUUACCAGGGGAAUAUACACACCUAGAGAGAGGUGCAUGUUCUAUAUUCCCAUAAAAGUGAAACUCCCCUGGAAUACAUAGGUAUUUUAAUGCAAUCUAGACAGUAUCUAAUAUACACUUCAAAAAAUUUAAAACUGCAUCAGUAUUCAAUUUAUCAACUGAAAGCAUAGUCAAGAAUUCUGCACAUAUCCUAAUUGUGUGCAACUGAACUAACCAUGACCCAUACUCUUGAAGACUAGACAUCUAAGCCAGUCAUACACUACUAAUAUUGCUAUAUUUCUUGUUAAUAUCUUUCACAUGUAAUGUGUAUUUAUUUAUUAAGUAACUGUGUAUACAUUAUAAAGAGUUCAAUAAUAUGAAUUAUAGGCAGUCAAAGCCAAUUAAUGUUAUCUCAAGAAGUAUGCAGAUGGGAUAAAGAGGGUUAUGAUUUUGACAAGCAAGUCUGGAGAAAGGUCAUGAGGGAAAGGGAAGUAGUCAUGGAACUAUAUUACUGUAAAACAAUUCACCAUUUUUAUUUUGCCCCCAAAGUGAAUUUUCCAUUUGAAAGCAUAGUUCCACUCUGAAUAGUAGAAUUGUGACACUGUAAAAAUGGCACCAUGGGACUUCAGGGAGUUCCAUAUCACGGUAUGUGCUGAGUUUACUAAUAAAGAGUUAUUUU